AAAUUGAAAACAUAAUUGAUGAAUAUCUGAAUACUACUAUUCUAAAUUCAUUACUACCUAAGUUAAUUGAUGAAAUUGUCAUUGUUGAUACUCUUUUUCCUAAUGCUAUAGCACAAAAACAAGCUGCAAAUGCUAUAAAUGAAGCCAACAAAAAACUUGCUAAAUCAGCAAAAUCUCACUACCAUUCAGCAAAUAUCAGCGUUUCUUCUGUUAUACGAAAUGAGAAAAAAGAUCAUCCAGAUACACAUUAUUGUUUUGCAUCUGUGAAAAAGGCAAAGCAAUUUGCAAUGAGAUUCUCUACUCACUCUAGUCUUAAAGAACCUGUUAUGUUGCUAGACCAUGAUUUUUCAAUUGCCAUACAUUAUAAACUAAUUCUGUCAAUUUAUAUGCUUAUGAAUUCAAAGAAUAAUAACAAUACUCUAUAUAAUAGGCAACUUGCAAUCUUUAUUCAUUCUCAAUACCAUGGUAAUACAAGCUCAGCUUCGCAUAUGAAAGAUUUAAAAUCAUUAACUCAGAAUAAUCGCCUCAAUGAAAUAUUAAAACUUGAGAAUACUAUCAAACCAAUCUGA